AAGCGAGAGAAAAACCUAUUCUUUCGGAACCUGAGUCUAUUCUUGUAGCUGAGUUUUUAUCAAAACCAAAAAUGGAGGCAUACCAACUUUUACCACUCCUAAAAAAGACAGAUUAUGCCCAUUUUUUGGAUACCCUUUCAUCAGCUCCUAAUACGGAACAUGUUACGGAUUCUGGAUUCCUAUUUCCCAACUCAUUCCUCCUGAAGCUUGCAAAACCUCAAAAUUGGGUUUCAACUCUGCACAUGGAGGUUUUAGUGGAGUUACUUUCUAGUAGGCUUGCAACAAGACUUGCCACACAGCGUGCUGCUUUUGUUGAACCAUGGUUUGCUAACCAUUUACAAGGAAAAUACAAAUCUUUCAAAGCAGCAAAAAUCAAAUCUCGCGUCCGCUGGUCCGAUCCCAUGAAACGCUUUAUUGUUGGCCCCACCACCGAGUGGUUCACAGACAUUGAUACCAUUUACGUACCUAUGAUCUGGAAUUCUUGCCACUGGGUAGGCCUUUCAAUCAAUCUAGGAGUCUGGGAAGUUGAAAUUCUCGACCCAAAUACUGACCUCAAUUCGGAGGAAAAAGUUAAAGAAUGUAUCGAGCCUGUUGUUACCCUUUUGCCACACCUCAUCCAGAGGUACUGUAAGCCCGCAUGUUCCCAGAACCAUGGACUAAAACCUUUCCUGUGGAGGCGAAUACAUGGUGUAUACAAGAAUGUUAGAUCUGGUGACUGUGGCCCGGUUGCUAUGAAAUUUCUUGAGAUAAUGGCAAGCGAUAAACUCCCAGAUCAAAUGGAGAAAAUCACUGACAAACACGUUGACAGUUUCAGGCGUCAAUAUGCAAUGGAUAUUUAUGAGCAUCUUGUCUGUCCUGUUUAUGCAUCUGACUUUGCUGCCUAGUGUCUACAUGUUUCCCAAGUUUCUGUUUGUAAUCGUAACCAUCAUUUCCCUUCUUUCCUACUAUAUUCCUGUGGAUACUGGCGCCUACUCUGUUUUUCUUUAUUAUGUACUCUGUACCCAAACUAUUAUUUUCUCUGUAAU